AGAAAGAGGAUUGAAACAAUCAUGUAAGACAAAUGCUGCAUGCAUGCAUGCCUUCUUCUACAUCUAUAUAAGUGGGUGCUUGUAUUGUAUGUUCAAGUUUGUAGCAGAACUGAAGCACCACAUCACCAACAGCUUCAAUAUUAGGAAGCAGGUUCAUACAAAAUGAGCACGACUCUUGUAAAGGUUGGACCGUGGGGUGGACAAGGUGGCAAUCCUCAAGACAUCGACGUGCUGCCUGAUGAACGCCUAACAAGCAUGACGAUCCGCAGCGGUGACGUCAUUGAAGCUUAUGUUGACACUGCUGGGAACGACUACACAACAGAUCUUUGGGGUGGUGGAAACGGGAGCUUUACUAAGAUUGAAUUAGGUGACGAUGAGUAUGUGAGGGAAAUUUCUGGCACUUACGGCCCUUACGACAAUGUACUGAAUCUGGUGACGUCACUUAAUAUUAUUGUCACCAACGUUGCUAGCUUUUCAUUUGGAAACGCACAAGGAGAUACUUUCAGUAUCCCAGUGGAGAACGGCGGCCAAAUUGCCGGUUUCUAUGGGCGCUCAGGGUGGCUUAUCGAUGCAAUUGGCGUCUAUAUUCAUCCCUGAAAAAGAAUGGAACCAGAGGCUCGUUUUGGGUUCCUUCCGGUCAUCCACGGUUCCGUUGGAGUGUUGUUGCAAUAAGACGGCUCCAUGUCCUGCUUCGUUGUUUCAGUUUGAACAAACAGAUGCCUAAAAAAAAAACCAGAAGCCAGUGAUGGUCACAGCAUGGACUACUCGUGGAUGUGGUUGUAUUGUAGGUGUGUGCGAGAUGGCCUCGCUGGCCUUCUUCGUAUGUAGUGCCGCCGGGUGGUCGGCGGACGGCGGUGGUCCUAGUCUGCUGGAGCUAUGGCCAAUCGCCAGACGACAGCCGUAGCAGGCCAGGCCACAACUAAUUAGUAAAAUAUUUUAUAAUGUCAUAAAAUAUUUAUUUGUUAAAUAUUUAUUGAUAACUAUAUUUUUUUA